AUGUCAUACGCCGAAAUUGCCGCAAAGGGUGGUCCUCAGGAUCCUGAAGAGGUAUAUACCGCUCCACCAGUUCCCGAAAUCGUUCCCAGCGAUUCCUCUGUCGCUUCAUUAGUGGAUGUUGACUCUGGUAUCUCUGUCGUCUCUUCCGACUUCCCGAACCAACCAGUAAAGACCUAUACUCAAGCCGAGCGUAUAGAACUCGAGGCCGCUGUUGAGGCAGAAGAGAGCGCUGCUCGUGAAGCGGCAGCGAAGAAGAAGAAGAAGGGAGGAAAGAGUGAAUCAGACCUUGUAGUAUGGCUCAAGGACCCAGUUCACUCUGGUGGCGCAAUCGUCAGCACAGUUCUUGUUGUUGGAUUGGGAGUUGUUGGGUGGAGAAAGUACAGGCUUGGACAGUUCUCGUGGUCAACGGCGGGUAUUGGGGCUGGUAUACUGGCGGGUGUCAGCUUGGUGGAGUACUUUGUUGGAAAGUUCGCACAAAGCUAUCUUACUAAGAGGAAGUAG